GUAGGUUUUUGUGAAGACCUUGUGGGGUUUUUGUUUGUUUUAGUUUGUGUUUUAGAUUAAUAAAUGUUUUUUGUUUUUAGAUCAGUUUCUGUCUGGUUUUUGGUGAUUUGGACUUGGUGUUUAAUGUUUGUUACGGCCCUUUGAGCCAGCCGUAACAGUGCUGAACGAGUCCCGAUUGGUAGAGACGGGAAGAUUUGACUAACGUGAAACCGAAAGUAACUAAAUCACGAACAAGCAGUUCGUUUUACACAGCAACACGGAAAGGACUUGGCUGUUCAUUUAUUUAAAUUCACUUGCAUUAAGGUUCAGUUAGACGUACUGCCUCAGUGCUGAAAGUACCACAGGGAUGGAGACUUCUGUGCACUGUCUCUUCCUUUUGGUCUUCGCCUCCUGCUCUACCUGGUCGACUGCAGUAAAGAGCAAACAACGGUUUCGGUGGCUGAACAGUGGGGAUUCCUUGACUAUGCAAUGCUCCACCACUGAAACAGACUACGAAGGAGUUUAUUUAGUCCAGGGUCUCGAUGAGGAUGAAGAAAUAUUUUUCCUGUUUCGGGAAUCCAUGAAACUGACGCCAAGGGAAGGGUACGAAAGCAGACUGCGGACAGAAGGAGAGCUGAACAACCUCAAGAUCACACUUGCCAACAUGACUGAGGAUGACUCCAGUGUUUACUGGUGCAAGUACAGACGCAGGGAUGACGAAACCGGCAGAACGGAAAGAUUUGGGGGCAACGGCUCCAUCAUGGUUGUGGUGAACGGCAGGCCGUGCCCAAAGGUAGAAGAGACAGUACUGCCAUCCAACCUGGUGAUUGUCAGCGCCAUCUCUGCUGGCUUGUUUUUGCUCUGCCUCACAGUCCUGCUCAUCUGGCUGGUACCCAGGAUGAAGAAGUCCAUGGGUAAGAGGCACGGGCAUGCAAGGCGCAGCGAUUCGGUCUACAAGGACAUGCGCAAGAGCAACGCAUCUCACAGAGCUCACCAGCCCCCCUAUCAAACCAACCAGUAUCCCUGAAAAUAUUUUUUGAAGGAAAAUCAAAUGUUCCUCUUAGUUGGACCCGGGCCUGUCAUUGUUCAUGACACUUAUUUUAAUGGCGAGCCAUGUCAUCUCUCAAUAAUAUUCUGUAGUACUGUGUAUAAAUUCUGACCAUAGUGUCU